AUGAAUGAAGGACUACCAAGACAACCUUUAAGGAAUGUGACUCCCGGAGGCGGAGGAGUCCCUGAUUUAGGCCAGCAAGCCCUUCUAAGGGAAAUCCAACGUAUGUUCUGCAAUGAACUCGAAUCCAUAAACGAGAGACUAGACCGAGUCGAAGAGAGGGGGCGACGAGAAAGAACGCCUCAAGGCCCUAGACGUGAAAGAGGUCGAGCAAGGCCGUUCGAAGAUGAGAUGUAUGACCCAAGUGAUUUAGAAAGCGACCAAGGCAAGUCUGAUCCGGAGGCAUACUUGGAGUGGGAAAAGAAAAUAGAAUUGGUGUUCGACUGCCAUAACUACUUGGAGGCCAAGAAAGUCAAGUUGGUGGCAAUCGAAUUCUCCGACUAUGCCAUGGUGUGGUGGGACCAAUUGACAACAAGUCGAAGACGAAACGGAGAGAGACCAAUCUCAACAUGGCAAGAGAUGAAGGUGGUGAUGAGAAAGAGAUUUAUCCCGUCUUAUUACCAUCGGGAAUUAUACCAAAAGUUGCAAAACCUUACGCAAGGACACCGAAGCGUGGAGGAUUAUUUGAAAGAGAUAGAAGUAACAAUGAUUCGUGUGAAUGUGGAAGAGGAUCGCGAGGCAACCAUGGCUAGGUUCUUAGCUGAGCUGAAUCGAGAGAUUGCUAACGUGGUGGAGCUCCAGCACUAUAUCGAGGUGACCGGCAUGGUUCAUGCUGUAAUCAAAGUAGAAAAACAACUCAAGAAGAAAAGCUCCGUUCGGACCUAUGUCAACCCCGCAAACAACUCAAAGUGGGGACAGGGUACGAGCAAAAAAGACUUCCUUAAUUGCUCAGAGGAACAAAACAAUCCUGAAAAGUUUAACAAACCCGUUGGUGAAUCAAGCAAAGGCAAAGAAGUUGCCAAUCCAAAUCACUCGAGGGACAUCAAGUGCUUUAAGUGCUUGGGGCGAGGGCACAUCGCUAGUCAAUGCCCUAACCGAAGAACAAUGGUGAUGAGUGCCAGCGGCGAAAUUGAGUUGGAAGAUGAGAAAGAAGAGGAAUUCGACACCCCUGUCAGUGAUGAAGAAGGCGAUUUUGACUAUGCCGUUGAAGGUGAAAUCUUUGUAAUCAAAUGUAGCCUAAGUUUACAAAGCGCGGAGAAUGAACAACAACGCAAGAAUAUCUUCCAUACGCGCUGUCUUGUACAAGGCAAGGUGUGUAGCCUUAUUAUGGAUGGCGGGAGUUGUACCAACGUCGCUAGUACGUUAAUGGUGGAGAAACUUGGCUUAACCACAACGAAACACCCUUGUCCGUAUAAGCUUCAAUGGCUUAAUGAUGGUGGAGAGUUAAAGGUGACAAAACAAGUAUUGGUGCUAUUUUCCAUCGGAAAAUACAACGAUGAAGUUCUCUACGACGUGGUUCCCAUGCAUGCCGAGCACCUUUUGUUAGGCCGUCCAUGGAAAUUUGAUCGAAAAGUGGUACAUGAUGGCUACACCAACCGAUACACCUUCAAGCAUUUAGGCAAGAACAUCACUUUAGUGUAUUUGACACCGAGACAAGUAUACGAAGAUCAAGUGAAGUUGCGUGAUUCAAUUGAAAAAUUUAAAGAGAAUGAAAAGAAAAAAAAGAGUGAAAAGGAAUUCGAAGAUGUAUUUCCCGAUGAAGUUCCGCGUGGCUUACCACCUAUUCGAGGAAUAGAACAUCAAAUUGACUUCAUUCCCGGUGCAUCUAUACAAAAUCGACCGGCUUAUUGUAGCAAUCCCGAGGAGACCAAGGAGCUGCAAAAAUAA